AUGGCCCCACCAUACGGAGGAAGAUCCGCUACCAAUCUUUCAACCAGAAAGUCCUCGUUCUUCAAUACCCCAGUUGCUCCCCCCCACCCAGACGUGUAUUACGUGGGGGUGGACGUGGGAACUGGGUCUGCCAGGGCGUGUAUCAUCGACACCAACGGUAUCAUCUUGGGAUUGGCCGAAAGACCCAUCACCAGACAUGAAUUGCGCCCCAACUACAUCACCCAGAACUCGACCGAGAUCUGGAACGCCAUCUGCUUCUGCGUUAAGGCAUGCUUGCGGGACUCGGGAGUGGACCCAGCCGAGGUGUACGGGAUCGGCUUCGACGCCACCUGCUCGUUAGUGGCCAUCAGUGAGUCCACGGACGAGCCACUCGGCGUGGGCCCCGACUUCUCCAAUACCACCGAGAACAUCAUCUUGUGGAUGGACCACCGUGCCGAGGAAGAGACCAACGCCAUCAACGCCACGGGUGAUACCUGUUUGAAGUACGUGGGUGGCCAGAUGUCCAUUGAGAUGGAAUUGCCCAAGAUCAAGUGGUUGAAGCACCACAUGCCGGGUGGAAUCAAGGAUGUAAAGUUUUACGACUUGCCAGACUUCUUGACCCACAAGGCCACGGGCUCUGAGGCCCGUUCCUUCAACUCGGCAGUGUGCAAGCAGGGUUUCGUGCCAUUGGGCGUCGAAAACUCGGAAACGGGCUGGUCUCGCCAGUUCUUGGAGUCCAUCGACUUGCCCGAGUUGAUCGAGGAUGACUUUAGACGUUUGGGAGGAACCCCUGCCAAGUCCGGUACCUUCUUGAGUGCUGGUGAUGUGGUGGGAAAAUUGACCGUCAAGGCUGCCGAGGAAUUGGGCUUGACCACCGAGUGUAUUGUGGGCUCGGCUGUUAUCGAUGCCUACGCCGGCUGGGUCGGUACCGUGGCCGGCAAGGUCGAGGUGCCUCAUUUACAGGAGUCUGCAGAAAAGUCCGAAGGGUCCAUUGCUACCUCUUGUGGCAGAUUGGCUGCAGUUGCUGGUACUUCUACAUGCCACAUUGCCAUGACCAGAGAUCCGUGUUUCGUGCAAGGUGUGUGGGGUCCCUACAAGGACGUGAUGGCUCCGGGAUACUGGUUGGCUGAAGGUGGCCAAUCUUGUACCGGUGCGUUGUUGGCGCAUGUGCUUGCCAUCCACCCAGCCCUGCAAGAGUUGUCGCACUUGGCAGAAACCUCCAGUGUAUCAAAAUUCGAUUACUUGAACUUGACAUUGGAAAACUUGGUAAGCCAGAACAAGGUCCGUUCCGUGGUCAGCUUGGCCAAACACAUUUUCUUCUAUGGUGAUUUCCACGGAAACAGAUCGCCAAUCGCCGACCCCAAGAUGAGAGCCAGCAUCAUCGGCCAAUCGAUGGACUCCUCGGUCAAUGAUUUGGCCGUCCAGUACUUUGCUGCCUGCGAGUUCAUUGCCCAGCAAACCAGACAGAUCGUGGAGGAAAUGGAAAAGGGUGGCCACCAGAUCUCCACUAUUUUCAUGAGUGGUGGCCAGUGCAGAAACGGUUUAUUGAUGAGGUUGUUGGCCGACUGCACUGGUAAGCCCAUCGUGAUUCCAAGAUACAUCGACGCAGCUGUCGUAUUUGGCUCUGCCAUCUUGGGUGCAGUUGCCUCGGAAGAAUCAGUCAACGAACAUAUCGCCACCAAAGGUAGAUCUAGAAGAUCUUCCAUCUUGUCUACUCAAAAGUCCCAGACCAGCUUGAACCAACAGGGCCAUCAUAGUCACCCUGGCGAGCCACACUCGCCCUACACAGCACCCUCGGCAACCGCCAGCACCACCAAUAUGUCCACCUUGGUAUACUCGCAUGGAAAUGCCGGUUCCCACCACCAAUUCGGAUCGAUGACGCCAAUGCAGGAAGAGAAUACCGAUUAUUUCAACCAACCCACAGCUGGAUCCAAGGCUGUCAUUUCAGAGGAUGAAGACACCGAAGAUGACGAACAGACAUUGUCCUUCGGCUCCAAGCAAAACGUGCAAAAGGGCUUGUCUCAAAAGAUGCAUCGGUUGGACUUGAAGCCAUUAUCGGCCAUCAAAAAGGUUACCAGCAAGGACAGUGUUCAAGCCAACUCUGGCGACAAAUUGUGGAGAGUCAUGGAGAAGAUGACCGGUCCUGGUAAGGUUAUCAUGCCAUCUGAUAAGUCGCAUCCUGAUCGCAAGUUAUUGAAUGCCAAGUACGCCAUCUUCUUGGAACAGUGCUACAAGCAACAAGAAUACAGAAGGGCCGUGGACUUGGUUGAGAGCGAGAAUUUAAAUGCUUUGAAGUUGCACUAG